AUGGUUUGUGAUCCUAAUUUUAGAAUAACAUCUUUGUGCGCCAGGUGGCCUGGCAGUACUCAUGACUCCAGGAUAUGGAAAAAUUCAACUUUAUUCCAAAUGUUUGAAAAUAGAGCCCAUGAUGGUCUUCUUUUAGGAGAUUCUGGCUACCCUCUAUCAAAGCACUUGAUGACCCCAUAUUUGACCACACAGGCACAGGCUGAAGAAAGAUUCAAUGAAAGUCUCUGCCGAACCCGUGUUCUCAUUGAACAAACAUUUGGGAUCCUUAAGAGAAAGUUUCAAGCUCUUCACUUUGGAAUAAGAUCUACACCAGAGCAAGCAGUUGUAUACAUAACUGCAUGCAGUAUCCUGCAUAACAUUGGGAUAGAAAGGGGAGACACUAUAGUGUCCAGUGAUUGCAGGGAUAUUAACAUUAGAAACUGUCUGCAGCAAAUUGUGAAUGCCAAUGGCCCUGUUCCCCCUGCAAGAAACGAGGGUAUUUCCAAACGGAUUGCCAUCACCAAUGGUUUCUUUUAA